AUGAGCUCUGCUGCGCUUAUUCCUGUGGCUGCCGGAAUGGGUAGUGUUUUUGGAAGCAUGUAUCUCGAUGCACGAUUAUUGCUAGGAAAGGAUUUGGUCCAAAUUAGGGCCGGGGGGUUGUCUAAUAUUCAUCACGCUCUGUGGACGUACCGAGACAGAUUGCACUAUUAUUAUCGAUUUAAGGAUCAAGCAAAAGCUCAUCCUAACCGCGUGUUUUUGUACUUUGAAGGCAAGGAAUACACCUUGCGUCAAUUAGAAAAAGCAUCUAAUAGGAUGGCACACUGGCUCCUGUCGUUAAACAUACAUAAAGAUGGUAGGACAAUGAAGAUCGGAGACAUUGAACUGGUUGAUGUCGUUUGUAUGAUGCAUCAAAACCACCCAACUUUCUAUAUUGUCUUGCUAGCAAUCAGCAAAAUCGGUGCCAUUCCAGCUCUAAUCAAUACCAACCUUUCCGGAGACUCACUUGCCCACUGUGUAACGGUUGCAAAGGCAAGUAUGCUCAUAUUUGAUCCUGUGUACGAAACCCAGGUAGAAUCGAUCAGUGCGAAAUUGAGUGAGCAGAAUAUCCGAUUAUAUGCCUAUGGUGAAUCAACUGAAACCGGAGAGAUCCCGGACCUACAUAUUGCUUCGGCUGUUACCCCAAUGGUCCUCGAAUCGUUUAGUGAAAGAGACACUAGUGAAAGCUAUCUAAAGGGAAUCAAUCUUCAAGAUCCUGCUUAUUUAAUUUACACCAGUGGAACAACAGGCCUACCAAAGGCGGCAAUCAGUCAACAUGCUAGAAUCUGUUAUGGCAUGUCAAUGUAUUCCAAGACUGCCGGUAUCAAAGAAAAUCAGAGAGUUUACUGUGUCCUGCCGCUUUAUCACAGUUCAGGCUUAAUCGUUGCCUCCUCGGUCACUCUAUUUGCCGGUGGGUCGAUUGUCUUGGGUAGAAAGUUCUCGGCAAGUCGUUUCUGGAACGAUUGCGUGGAUUACAAAGUCGACGUCUUUUCAUAUAUCGGAGAGUUCUGUAGAUAUCUAUUAAGUCAACCACCUCACCCCCUCGAAAGAAAGCAUCACGUUCAACUCGUGUAUGGUAAUGGAAUGCGUCCUGACAUUUGGAAUAAGUUUAGGGAUAGAUUCAACAUACCAAAGAUUUGUGAAUUCUACGCUGCUACAGAAGCUCCCACGAGUAUGUUCAAUGUCAACUCAAAUGAUUUUGGUGCUGGUGCAGUCGGUUUUCGUGGUCGACUUAUGCGCUCAUUCCGUCGGGAGCUCAAGAUAAUCAAGAUUGACCCUAUUACAGAAGAUCCUUUACGAGGCAAAGAUGGAUUCUGUAUUCAAUGCCCGUAUGGCGAACAAGGCGAACUUUUGGUAAUGAUUGACGAAGCUAGUCCAGUACAGUUUAGUGGAUACUAUAAGAACAACGAGGCCACAACCAAGAAGGUUCUUACUGAUGUGUUUGUAAAAGGCGAUGCAUAUUUUCGCAGUGGUGAUCUUUUACAUGUUGAUGCGGAUGGGUUCUUCUUCUUUGGCGAUCGCGUAGGAGACACCUUUCGCUGGAAGUCUGAGAACGUUGCCACUACUGAAGUGGCUCAGGCUGUGAGUACCUUUCCUGGUAUUACGGAAGCCAACAUAUAUGGCGCCCUAGUACCCAAUCACGAUGGCCGUGCUGGCAUGGCUGCCAUAGUUAUCGGUCAAGAGGGCAUAGAUUUCAAAGCAUUUUAUCAACAUUUGAGCAAGAAGCUUCCACGUUAUGCCAUACCAGUUUUUAUCCGCUUUGUGCCAUCUAUGGAAAUGACAGGAACAUUUAAGCAACAAAAAGUGGAGUAUAGAAAUCAAGGAAUAGAUCUUGCCAAGAUUCCCGAAGAAGGUUCAAUCUACUGGCUCCAAAAAGACACAUAUGUGCCUUUUACCAAAGAGGAUCUCAACAAGCUUGAAGCUGGAAAGUCUAAGCUUUGA